GUGCAGCAACCCUAGUGGAGUUCUUCAGCAUGUUGACGAGGUGAAAGCUACUAGCCUUAAUAGCAUGAUCAGUUAGCAUCAGAUGCUAGCUUACCUAGCAAGUGAUCAACUUUUCUGAAUAUAUCCGCAGCAUUCCAGAGGUUGAAAAUGUGAAUGCCAUUACCGAAUAAAUUAUCGGAAAAAGACAAUAGGUUUACCAGCCAUUAGUUGCAUUUUAAAAACCGAAUAACCUUCACUAGUGUGGAUAGAACUUGUUUCCAUAAGUAUUAUCUUAACAUUGGGGGGACGCUGACAUUUAGAAAAGAUACAAAUGGAUAAAAAUGCCAGAAAAGUUCGCAAUCAGGACAUUAAUCCAUGCAUCGAUGAAAGCGACGCCUCCCAGAAGUGUUUGGACACCUAUAACUACGAUAGGAACAUGUGUUCAGGCUUUUUCCAGAAAUAUAAGAACUGUAGGAAAUAUUGGCACAACAUAAUGGUGCAGAGGAGAAGAGACGGUGUGAAACCUGACAUGCCCACGGCUGCAGAGAGGCUGGAGAUGCUCAAUGCACUGGGAGGCAAACCUUACUAGAGAGGAACGCAGUCAGAAGACACGGCGUGGACCAGCAGGCCCGGGAAGAUAAAGACAGGCUGCUGGAGAGCCGCUCGCUCAGACGCUGCUUGUGUGGAAGUGGUUAUGCAUGAAAUGAAAUGAGACAUCACUGAGAGGCAAGACACAGCGCUGUAGAUAGAAGGGUAGUUUCUUUUAGUCAUGUCUUGACUGAGAAUGGUUUUAUUGUGAGGACAAGAUGUGCCUGUAUUGUUUGGUAAAGUGUUAUAAAGUCUGUUUUUCACUCAGGAUGCAGCUGCUUGAAAUAUGUGUGACGGACAUCUGUCACCUACAUAGAUUUAAUAAAAUGAAGUCUUUG